ACUCGGCUCCAGAAAACCCUAGCGCCGCCGCAGUCACAGCCCCGCCUUCCUCCUUCGCGCCGCCGCCGCCGUCUCCGGACCACCGCCGCCUCCGAGAUGGCCCCGAAGAAGGAGAAGGCCCCGCCGCCGUCGUCGAAGCCGGCCAAGUCUGGCGGUGGCAAGCAGAAGAAGAAGAAGUGGAGCAAAGGCAAGCAAAAGGAGAAGGUGAACAACGCGGUGCUCUUCGACCAGCCCACCUACGACAAGCUGCUCUCCGAGGUGCCCAAGUACAAGCAGAUCACCCCCUCCGUCCUCUCCGAGAGGCUUCGGAUCAAUGGUUCCCUUGCUCGUAGGGCGAUCAAGGAUCUGAUGGAGCGGGGCCUCAUCCGCAUGGUCUCUGUUCACUCAAGCCAGCAAAUCUACACCAGGGCAACCAACACCUAAGUGUGUGCUAUUCCUGAUGCCCCGUCUGCGCUCCAAUACUUGAGAACAGCUAUCUUUACCGUGUCCGCUAAUGUUUUUGUUUUGAACAAGGCACUUUAGCAUUUCGGAGAUUUUGGGUAUUAGUUGAACACAGUGAAUGCUGCCAUGUCUUUUAUGAGUUACCUGUGUACCAGCAGCUCAUUUUGGUUGGUGGAUUCAUGGCAUGUUUGAGAGAUCAAAGUUUUCGCAUGAUGAAAUGAUAUGUUAAUUUUCUGAUACACGUGAAAUCAAUCUGUGCUGCA